AUGUUCGGCUCCUCCCGGGGCGGGGUCCGGGGGGGCCAGGACCAGUUCAGCUGGGAGGAUGUCAAGACGGACAAACAGCGUGAGAAUUACCUGGGGAACUCCCUGAUGGCGCCGGUGGGGCGGUGGCAGAAGGGCAAGGACCUCACCUGGUAUGCCAAGGGCAAGAAGGACACGGGCCCCCCGUUAUCCCGGGAGGAAGAGCUGGCUGCUGUCCGCCUGGCUGAGCAGGAGGCCAUGAUGGCAGCACUGGGCUACAAGAACUUGAAGAGGCAGCCCACGGGCGUCAGCAAAGAGGACCUGGCUGAGGUGUGCAAGAGGGACGGCGCCGAGCGGGACGAGAAGGACGUGGAUCGGGUGGUGGGUCUGGGCAGCUCCAGGUAAGGAGAGGAAAGGAUCCCAUACCAAUUUCAGGACAAUGUGUUUGA